AUAACAAAUGAAACAGCUGGCUGAAGCUCUGUUAAUUAUUGUAUAAAUUAAACAGUAUAAAAAACGUUUAAGCAGAGUUGUACAUAUACUUUAAAAAAAGAAAUCAGUGCCCUGGCUAAGUCAGCUUAAUUAAACAACAAAGUCAAGAUAAGAAAAGUUAAGAAAUAGAAAAAAAUAAAAGCAGCAAACAAUGGCCACCUCAACGCUGCACUCUCCGGCACCAUCAUCAUCAUCAGGCCCUGUUUCGGCCAAGAAUCCACAGUUAAAGCGAGUGGUCUAUUCCAAGUAUCGCGAAUUACUUGGUUCCUACAAUGAUAAGGCCAAUGCCAUCAUAGACACGUUGCCUGCUUAUAUGGUUCGUCAGGAUCGCGGCUUUCAAUUAUCAACGGAUCUGUCACCAAACGGGGAUGCUGUCAAAAACUGCACGGAUUCAUUGUAUGGACAACGCGGAGGAGGCGGAAACGGUGGCUUCGAGGCCCCGGCCUGCGUCCAGAACGCGAUGAUGACAAAAGAUAAGAAGCCCUUCACCUACACGCCCGGCGGCAUCGAUCUCUCCCAGAUCCGUUCCGAGCGCAUGGCCAAGCGCCUGGCCCGGAAUGCCCAGUCUGAGGGUGCCACUGGCGCCGCCCAACAGAACAGACCCGCCCAGCCCCAGUCGCCGGGUGGAGCCGCCAGCUCCAUUGGUGCCGCUGCCAUGGGCAUGCCGUUCCAGGUGCUGCCGCCGCCACCGCCGCCGCCGCAGCCGCAGUCUCAGCAGGGUAAGAAUGGCACACAAUCCGUCGCUGCUGCACCCCCACCACCACCCCCACAACAACCCAGCUCACUCGCGCCGCCCGCUGGUGGAAGACUCAGUGCACCCGGGUCGCCGGCCACGGCCCGCAAGUCGCCGACGCCACAGCGUUUUGAGCCGCCGCCGCUGGGUUUCCGACCGGAGAUUAAGAUUCCGCCAAAUCCCAUGGCGGCGCUCCGUAAGGUUCCUCCGCCGGUGGAGAAGAACACAUUCUGGAAGGAUGAGUACGUCAAAGAUCGGUCCAAGAGCCCGUUGCCCGAGGUGGCAGCAGCAGCGGCUGCCCCAGAUGCCGUUGAUGGUCCUAGGCCAACGCCAGCCUCCGUGGACAGCAACAGCAACAGCAACAAUUAUAGCAGCAACUACAGCCCCUACUCACAGCCCUCGUUGCCCUCCCCCAAGACACCUCCACUGCAGCAGCAACAGCAAUUGCCAACUCCACCGGCCACACCGCCACAGCAGCAGCAUCAGCAAGUGUCGCAGCAGCAGCAGUAUCCGCAGCAGCAGUCGCCGCAGCAACAGACCGCUCGACCAGAGUUCCGCAGUGUGCCCAUGCCCACAUCGCCGGCUGUGAAUGUCUACACUCGGCAGACGGACUCUCCUGUAUCGCCAUUCGAGGCGACACAGCGAUCCACCGAGAGCCCCUUCCGGUAUGCACAGCAGCAGCAGUCACCUCAACAACGUCCUGCAGCUGCGCUUUCACCAUUGGCUCAGACUCCAGUGCAGCAGCAGCAGCAACAGCAGCAACAGCAGCAACAGCAGCAACAGCAGCAACCACAGCAGCAACAGCAGCAACAGCAGCAACAGCAACAGCAGCAGCAACAGUCUGUUCCCUGGCGUACACAGCGUGCACCAUCAACUCCACAGCAACCACAGUCGCAGUCGCAGCAUCCGCAGCCCAUUUACAACAAUGUGCAACAGCAACAACGAUCUCGGGAUGUUUUCAGCCCGGCACGGACUGAAUCACCAGCAGCAGCAGCAACGUUCAAUGCACAGCAGCAACAUUUUGGCACUCAACAAAACCAAUAUGCCGGAGCGGCCAAGCCGACCAACGUUGGCUCGCUGUACAUAGCUCCAUUGGCGCAGCCCACAGAGCCCCAGGCUCAACGAAUUCUGUUGCAACAGCAGCAGCAGCCAUUGGCUCGGGAUUCGCCAAUGCGACAAUUGCCACAGCAGCAGCAGCAGCAGCAGCAACAACAGUCGUCACAGCAGCAGCCGCAACAGGGCAACCAACCAUUGAGAUGGCUCAGCUCCCAGCCGGCCAGCAAGGAGCAGGCACCAUGGGCUCGUCCCGAGGAGAAUGGCAACGUGUUGCCCUCCACUCUCAGGCAGACCACGCCGGCCCCGCAGCCCCAAGUCGCACCGCCGCAGCCACAGUCGCAGCUAUCGUUUCAGCAGCCUCAGUCGUUGCAAGGCAAUGGCUAUGGACCAACUCCAAUUGCUGCUCCCAUUAGCCUUCAAAACUUUGGCUCGAAUCCCCAGGCAGGCGGACUACGUUUGCAGAUCAAUCUGAAUACCAAUGGCAGCAGCAUCAAUAAUGCCAAUAAUCAAAAUGGUCCAAGGGAGCGCAUUAUACCCAUAACUUUGGAACAGACGCCUACCUAUGCCGCAGCUCAGCCCAACUUUGGUGCGCCUGCAGGUCACAUUAUUCGCUCAGCUAAUCAAUUUGUCGAUCAAGGUUAUAACAAUUUCCCCGCCCAAGCAUCGGGCGGCCAGUGGCGUGAGCCAAGCUCCCAGCGGAUCCUGUCGCCGCCCAGCCAGCAAAUCCCAACUACCGGUGCCCACACCAAUGGCAAUGCAACCAGGAUAAUUCCGAUCGCUAUCGAGGGAGGCGGUCGUGGUGGUCCAGUGUCACCGUCGCCGGUUCUGCUGCAAAACGAUCCACGCUCACCGCCCAUCCAAUCGAAAUCGUUUAGAAUAUUGCAAAAGAUAACAGACACCGUGGACGAUGGCAGCGGGGAUCAGGGCCAGGAUCUGCAGCAUCAUCAGCAGAUGCAGCCGCCCCAGGAGGCGGAGUUGCAGAGGCCACAGUUCGCCCGGCAGAUGAGCGCCCAGCAGGCGCGGAAUAGUCCGACCAUCGAGCAGAUGCGUCGCCUCCAAAUCGCCCAGGAUCAGCAGCAGCAGCAGUCGGGUACGCCACUAGCUUGGUCCCCGCAAGGUAAUGGAGGAUCUGCUCAGAAUCGAUUCACACCACAACGUUAUGAUACUCCGCCACAACAACAACAGCAAUAUAUACCGCCAAGUGAACAGCAAGUCCCGGAACCCAAGAAAUACACUGGCAGCGCUAUACCCAGUCGAUCAUUCAAGAUUCUACAGGCAAUGACAACACCUGAAAAUGCCGACCAUAAAAUUCACACCGAGCUGGACUCGGGUUUGGAAAAUGUUGAACUGAACGAAACCCCAAAUAAUAACAAUAAUGGAAAUACUGAAAACAAUAAUAAUAAUAAUAAUCAUAAUAAGAUUAACAAUAAAAUCAAUAAACGUCAUAGUUACACCUCAGCCACAAGCACAUCCACACCGACACCCACACCACCCCCCACAUCUUCAUCCAGUGCAGAACCCACUCACUCAUCCAACUCAUCUCUCAACUCAGAUAGCUCUUGUUCCCCGCAGGCACCGCGAUCGCAGUCGGUGCCACCCCAUUAUCCCUAUGCCUAUGGCUAUCCGUAUCCCUGGUACAUGCCUCCUCCUCCGCCAGUGAAUGGUGAGGCUGCGCCAUGGCCCUAUCCGUACCCAUAUCCACCGCCACCGCCGCCGGCCCAAGCAAUGGACGGAAUGCCGGCAGAAGGAUUUCCCCCUUACCCCUAUUACUACCCCUAUUAUCCACCGCCAGUGCCUCCCUAUGGACAACAGCCAGGAGAGCCGCAAUCCCCCUCCACUGUCUAUCCCCAGUUUCAUGCCAUGCCUCCUUAUGGCCACCCGUAUCCCUAUCCAGUAGCUCCUAGCUAUAGUCAGAGCUCCACCGAGGAGAGUCGAGCCAGUAGUGUUUUGCCUGACAUUAUCAUCACUCCAAGUACCGAUGAUAUGCCCUCUCAGGUGAUCAUGCAGCAUCACAUCCGCGUCCAGCCAAGGGAGCCAACCAAGAGGACGCACUGCGUAGAGAUUGAGGAGCUGGUCACCAAGCAGAAACCACGAAGUGUUUGCACCAAUAAUCACGAGGUCAUUGAUGUACUGAGCCAGCGUUUAGCCAAUAUCAACAAGAUUGCAGGCGGAAAUACCCAGGCGAAUCUCUCCAAGCAAUUGCAAAAGAAUUAUGCUGGCGAACAGUCCAAGGAGCUUGGGGACAGAUCUCCAAGUGAGAAUGCUUCGAACUCCGACAGUGAUUCAGAUGACGACAGUAGUGAAGACGAAGAAGAGGAUACGCCAAAGAUGGGGACUCGUCCACCAUUGCAGUCCAUCAAAUCGGUGUCAAAUGUGCAGGUCUACAAGGGUAAGACUCUGGAGCAGAAUCUGGAGUCCGAGAGCAGUGGAGACGAAGAUGAUGAUGUUACCACAGCUGAUGAAAUGUAUGACGAAGAGGAACAGAUCGAGGAAGAGCAGGAAUGCCUGGUCGAGGAAAUGGACGAUGAUUUCAUAGUUGAAGAGGACCUAAGUGUCAUAUACGAAGAAGAGAGCGAACUAGAACGCAGCAGCGAAUAUGCCAAGACAGUCAUUAGAAGGGAUGACUCUAGAUCCACCCUGGUAGAUGAGAUUGACAAGGAAAUUGAAGAAAACGAUAAUGAUGAUGAGGAUAAUGAGUCAAAUUCGGUAACGGUUCGAUUGCCACUUCGUUUCUCGUUCAGCAAAAGCUCGAAUGAUGAGAACAUCGCCACCGUGCAGGUGGGCAGCACAACUCAGUUCGAGGAGAAACGCCCAAGCGUUGUGAGUUCCUUCAGUGUGGCCACAGUAGAAAGCGAGGACGAGGAGGAUGACUGUGAGGUCAGUGUGACUAUCAGUUUAUCAAACUCAUCCCGCUCCAAUUCGGUGGAGAAAACUACACAUCCUUAUAGGACCUCCCAAGCCUAUCCCAUAGAGGAUAUUUCCACACCGAUCAAAGCCAGUGAUGAGGAUGUCUCCUCCUCAUUGUCACUGGGCAUGCGCAACAAAUUUGUGGGCGAAACAAUAACCAAUAGUGGUGUGACCAACAAUAUUUCCCAAACGGAAACACAGUCCGACAAUAUAAAGGAAGUUUCCGGAUCGCCAAAAGAGGAAUUUGAUUUCUUUGCCACUUUGAUGGCCACCAAAAUGCAGGCUCAGAAAAUGAUGGAACAAUCCAAAAACUUAUGGAAAACACCAGAUCCAAAGCCCGCAGAACAACCAGCAGAAGCUCCAAAGCUUCGACCCAAGGAGAAUGGCUUGGAGGCUAAGCCACCUAGGCCCAAAUCUGGUGACAUGUCCAAGACUCAGGCAUCGUUGGAGGCCGCCAAAAAUAGCUUCUGGUCUACGUUUGCAACUACCUCAAAGGAAACCGAGUCCCAGGCAGAGCUUCCCGAACAAACGAAGGAAGUUGACUUUUGGGCUCAAAUAGAAAAAAAGGAAUCCAUUUAUACCGAAGAGAAGCAGUGGACCAAGAAAAAGAAAACUGUGACCUACACUCCAUUACAAAAGGAAACAGUAAAUAGGGUGGAGCACUGGACAACAACUCUCAGGGCUCAGGUAGAAUCACUGCCCAAUUCCCAACGAGCAGAGGUGCACUUUGUCGUCGAGUCAAAGCCAACAGAAAUCGAGCAACCCGAAAAGGAAGAGGAGGAGGAGGACUUUUGGGCAUCAGUAGAACAGGCCAAUGCCAUGUCCACUAAGAAGGAAAACAACGUAGUCAAUACAAGCUGGGAGCCGCCAUCAUACAAAUCGGAGGUUCAGCAAGAAGCAGAGAUUGACAUCUGGUCAGCUCAGGAAGAUGAUAAGCAAUCCCCUGAUCAUGUGGACGAGGAAGUGGACUUUUGGUCGGACAUUAAAUCAACAAGUUCCCACGACGGAAAUAAACCUAAUGAGUUUGUGUAUGAUCCCACCAAAUAUCCGGAAGAGCCACGCGAAGUUGAUACGGAUGAAGAGAUUGAUUUCUGGGCUGAAAUCGAAGCCAAUCGGAAACCAGGGCAAGAAGACGAUGACGAUGUAACCUUCCACAAGUCAGCCACCUUCUGGGAAAAAGAACGCCAGAAUUCUGUAGAGGAGACACCCUACAAGCCAGUGGAAGUUAAGGCUUUCAGAGCCAAGUUACCCGAUGAACCAGCUGUUGAGAUAGAUGUAUGGGCUACUCUAGAGGCUGCCCGGGGCGAUGAACCGGAAAUUGUGGACCCAGUGGUUGAAGAAGAAAAGGUUCUGGCAGAACAGUUCGAGGAACUAGAACAUGAAUCGCCUGAGGAGGCUACGGAAGAAGAGGAGAUCAAGGAACAGUCCCAGAAAGAGAUGGCACCGAGCAACCUAAGCCAAGUGGACACCAUGUCUCUGGCUUCAAUGCACGAGCCAGCCACAGUGUACACGUGGGCACACCCACCCCAGUAUGAUAAUGAUGAUAAUACCGAUUUCUGGGCGGAUAUAGAAGAGGAGCGGUCAAAGAAGGAACAAUCCGAGGAGGCGGAACAGAAACGACAGAAUUACCGGCAGGCCAUGGCCUUCUUCAACACCUCCAUAGAUGGUCAGCAGUCGCCUCCACAACAAAGUUCUACCCCCAAUCGCAGCAGUGUUAUCUUGGAUGUGGAAGAACCACAAGACGUGGAUCUAGGCCCACCUGGUGACUAUCAAAUAGUGGGUGAGGACGGGGCCAUUAUGGAGGAUUACAAGCAAUCGAUUCCACAAGUUGAGGAGGAGGAGGAGAGAGGUGCGCCGACUCCCACUAACACAGAGCCACAGCUGCCAGAGGUCUAUGUUGAGCCGGAAUUAAAACGUCUGCCCAAUGGACUGCCAGAUCUAGAGGUACAGAAGUUUAGCGAGACCUCAAAGAUCUCAGUGCGUGAUCGGAUCAGUGCCUUUGAGGUGAUACCUACUAAGACCGAGUCCAAGGCUCUAACCACACAAUCAUUGUCUGUGGACAGUGGCCACGGCAAGGGCACUCUUUCGCGUAACAGCAGCACACAGCGUUCCGAAUCGGAAAUCGAAGAGGAUGACUCCGGUGUGACGGAUAUGAACCGUCAGUUGUCCGAGACGGACACUGAGUCGGAAAGCUUCCCAGAGCUGCGCAAGAUGACCAGCUACCAACGAGCAGCCACACAUUCCAGACUCUUCAAGCUGCUGCAGGAUGAGAACGAUGUGCCAGAGGCGGGUGUCAACCCAACCGAUGAGUUCCAGCUGAAGCCGAGUCGGAGAAAGAUCGUUCACAAUGUAUCCAUCACGAGGCGACAGAAUCCCGGAAUGCUGAAUGACGCUGAAACCAUGACACAACGCCGGGAACGCCUCUCUCUGCCGCUCCGGAAAAACACAAGCAUCGAUGCUGACAACCCUUCGACCCCAAAUAGCCCGGCUUCCCCCAUUCUGGGCCCCUCCGCCAAGAACCAGCGAGUGGUGAGCGAUAAACUGGUCAACGAACUCGUCCAGAGCCUACUCCUUAAGAGCGAUAGCUCGCAUUUAAGGAAUCUCCCCAUGGAACGCCUGCAGGCUGCGGCGAAGAGGGCUCUGGUGGAGGAGAUGGACUCUGCGCAGGAGAAUAGCUCCCUGGACAGCACGCCGGCACCCACACCCAAGCAGGACAAGGAGUACUCCGACUACUAUAAUAGCUGGUGCGAUGCCAGUGGCAGUGGCGAUGAAGUGCUGCCCUCCAAGGCCUUCCGAUCUCUGCAGGAUCCACGCCGAAGCCCCUGGACUGUGCGAUGCCCGCGAGUGCUGAGCUCCAAAACUAUCAACAGAGACUUGGCCCGAGUCACAGAGUCACCGGAAAUAGCCAGUGGUCGGGGUAGCAAGAGUCCUGAGUGUUUCCGCCAGAACUCGCACUCACAGUCCCGGGAACGCUCAGUGAGCAGCUGGCGAAGGGUCUAGGAAACGGCAAGAGGUUACCUAUUGUAUAUAGUAGGGCGGGUCUUAGUCAUAGCAGGGAUGUGAGACCGGUUCAUCUAAAAUCUUACCCAAAGAAGUCAUAGAUUCGAACGAAUUAAAUCGAUUUGAGGUAAAGAGAACUAUUGGAAUUCUGUGCAAGUUUUAAGAACUAAAACUUGGUUCCUUUCAAACCGGCUCUCGCUCCCAAUAUUUUUAUAAUUAGGCGCCAUGAGCGUAUAUUUGCAUUUGGCAUAAGCAGUCACUGCCCACGGGAACGAGUGAUACAAGAGCCAGUUGUUGCAUUUCUCAUCUCAUUAUCAUCUCUAUCAUGACAUGCACAUUGUACAAUUUGAAAACCGAUACACUCAACACAUUAAUAAACUAAAUCUAAUAAAUACAUGUAAAUAAAAACCAAAUGAAACCAAUGAAAAAUAUCGUUCAUUCGUUCGUUCGUUUGUUACCUCAGUAAAGCGCCACAAAACAAAAAUCAAAAUCAAAACCAAAUUCUAAAACCAAACUACUACCUGAGCAUCUCAAAGUUUGUAAGAUGUAACUCUCGAAAUCGAACUAAAUAAUAACAAGCAUAUAAAACUGAAAAUAUAUCUAUCAAAUCGCCACAGUAAACAACAAAAUAAAAACAAAUUUCAUCUCAACUCAAUGAUUUUGUAAAACUCGUUCAAAAUCCUAAGGUACCUAAAAUGUGAAAUUUUAUU